AUGACAUCUGUCUUUAGCUUGCCCAAAGGUCCACCGCCUCCUUAUGUACAGGCCACGCAUCAACGCGAGCAUACGAAAGUGACAAAUCAACCAAACCAUCGUGUUGAAAAAGAAAUACGAACAAGUCCUGAUAGACGACUUUCGCCUCCAUUCGAUGACAAUGUCUGCUCUUGGAGAGGAGGGUUAAAAGGCAUCUUUGUCAAGGACCGGUAUUUCGGCCAGAGCAAUUGGAUGAAUUUCAGGUCCCCAUUCAGCGUCGUCAAAAGAGUUGUCGUAAAGCACGAGUUUGACCCAUCCACAGAGGUCUACAAAUUGACGCAAAAAUGCAAAGCAGCGAGCAGGGAAAUCAAGGCUCAAGAGAAGAUUGCGCUGCAUAUGCACCUCGCUUCACAUCCUAGUGACCAUGUCCCGCCACGUGAGAUGGCGGAUAAACUUGUGCAAUCUUAUAUGCAGACGUUUGGAUCUAUCUAUAGGAUCCUACAUAUUCCGAAAUUCGAGGAAGAUUAUGAGUCGUACUGGUCGACUCCGCACACCGGCAGCCAGGCCCAUGUCGUGGCUAAGCUGUUGCUUGUCAUGGCAAUCGGCACGGUAUUUCAGCCGCAACAGGAGGCGUUCGUGCUCCGUUCAUCUGCUUUACAAUGGAUCUAUGUUGCGCAAACCUGGGUUACUACGCCGUUCGAAAAGUGCCGCUUAAACAUCGAGGUAAUCCAACUUCAAUGCCUUUUGGUAUUUGCCCGGCUUGUACAUGACGUUGACGGAGAUCUACUACGGCUUUCGGCAGCGUCCCUUCUUCAGACGGCUAUGCAGAUUGGUCUUCAUAUUGACGCCGAAGAAAAUGCUUUCCCGAAUAUAUGUCCACAGGAAAUUCAAUUGAGAAGGAACUUGUGGGCUACUGUUUUGGAAAUUGUGGUACAAAUGAGUGUGGACUCGGGCGGAAUCCCGCUUAUUCGCACGACAGACUAUGAUUGCAAGCCACCGCUCAAUAUAGACGACGUGGUUUUUAAGCACGACAUGAACGGACUGAUCUCUUCACAACCAGUAGAUGUUUAUACAGAUUCAUCUCUGCAAGCCAUGCUGACACAAUCUCUCCCCAUCCGACUGCAGAUUGCAGCGUUUGUCAAUGACUUUCGUUACGACUCUUCAACAUAUGAACAGACGAUGGCCUUGAGCGGCGAACUCUCUAAUUUUUGUGCGUCUAAUACGGCCAUCUUUCAAUCUUUAAAAGGCUCUUCACGAUUGCCCACGGAAUUUCAAACCUACAUGAUCGAAUUACUAACUCACCAAUACCUUUUCGCCCUUCACUUCCCCUACGCCACCAAAGCCAAAACAAACCAUAAAUAUUACUAUUCCAGGAAAAUAUGCCUUGACGUAGCUCGUCUCUUUCUGCCCAGGUCUUCGCAAAUGACAGACCAUUCAUACACUAACCUCCGGCUCUGGGGCGGAGGCAUUUUCCGAGCCGCUCCUUUACAAGCCGCAACAUUCAUUGCCGACGAAAUGAUAUACCAGAUCGAGUCAGAUACAAGUUCCCUAUUUACGAGAGAAAAAAACCUUUUAGAUGGAAGAAAGGACCUUCGAAGAUACGUCGAGGAAUACGUCGAGUCGACCAUCGAUCGAAUGAAGCUCGGACAUACCAACUUCAGACCAUAUGUUAUGUUGUCAGCACUCUUGACCCAGAUUGAUGCUUUGCUUGCAGAAGAGCCGGUUGAGGAUAAGAUCCUAGAAACAAUCAAGGAUCGUCUUAUAAUUGCGAAUGAGGUGCUUCGGGCUUGUCUGCCUCAUUCGCCACGGGAAUAUGCGCCGUCAGAUACUGAAGCUCAAUCUUACGCGGUCAACAGUGCAGUCUCAUUGCAAGAUGCGAUUCGUAACAAUUCGUUGAACCCCGAUUACCCGGCCAACUCGGAAUGGUGGUUCCUCUCUGGAGAUGUUGAUACGUUUGCAUAA